AGUUGAGAAUGUUCAACAGACAGGAUGUAGGUCGACUGAAAAGAUAUCUAGGGGGAAUAUUCCGGAAAAAACCAGACGUGUUGAGACCUUUAUUGGGGCAGAUUGACAUGAGUGUCAAUCACCAGGGGGCGACAAGUCUUGGUUCGGUUACGAUCUCGCGAUAUCUUCAUUCGGACAAUACAAAACCUGUCAUAAUAACAUGGAGUGGCCUAACGGAUAUAAAGAUCCUAAGAAAACUGAGAAUAACAGGGAUAGAGAAGAUACUGGACAUAACUAACUAUAGUGUCGAAAAUAAUAAUAUAUUUAGUUUAUUACUAACAAAUGUAAAUAGUAAUAAACUUAUCUAUUCAGAGGAGAUAGGUUAUGUAAAUAAAAACGGCAGGAUAUUAAGCCUAAAAGAAAUGCAUGGGUUAAUAUGUAAAGAAGAACAUGAGAUUACAUAUUGUCAUGAUCCAGUGACAGAUGUAAUCUUGACGAAGUGCAUUUUCAAUUAUAUAAUAAAUAAAAUAUUAACGAGUGCGAGUGAAGAGUCAUUAGUUUAA